CUCCUCCUCCUCCUCCUCCUCCUGCGGUCUGUUCCUCCUCGUUGCUGCUGCUGUCGUUAACGCCGCACACACUUUAGCAAGAUGAGCGGAUCAGACGCCAAAAAGGGCUCUUCCACCGGGGUGGUGGAGUGGAUCAGUUCGGCCUGUCGGUUUGCGACAGACAGAAACGACUUCAGAAGGAAUCUUCUGGUCAACCUGGGCUUGUUUGCAGCUGGUGUUUGGGUUGCAAGAAAUCUCUCAGAUUUUGACCUGAUGUCUCCUCAGCCUGUGACAUAACCUGGUCAAAAUACGGCCACCGCCAAAGCCAGGAUGAUGGUGUCUUGGACCAACAAAGAAAAAACAAGGGACAUGAAUUUUGGGUCAUAACACAUUUAUGACUUGUUACACUUUGAAAAUGAAUCAUCUUGUUGACCUGAAUUAUCUUCACUUUUCUGUAGAAUAACUUGUUUCAUGUCAGUAGGUGGCCUGAAGAGAAAUAAUUACAUUCAUUCA